AUGGCCUCAUCUUCCUCUUUCACCCACCAACCCAAAAACUUGGAUGUCUUCUUGAGUUUUAGAGGUGAAAAUACCCAUCAUGGUUUUAUAAGCCAUUUGUACACGGCUUUGUGUCAGAGAGGUAUUUACACAUUCAUCGAUAAUGAUCUACCCAGAGGAGAAGAAAUUUUUGUAGAACUUCUCAAAACCAUUGAGAACUCAGCCUCGUCAAUAAUUGUAUUUUCUGAAAACCAUACUUCCUCCCCUUGGUGUUUGGAUGAACUUGCUAAGAUUGUUGAGUUUAGAAAAAAUAAGCAAUUAGUGAAACCGGUUUUUUACAAGGUGGAUCCAUCAGAAGUUGGUGAACAAGAAGGAAAGUUUGGGGAAGCAUUAACUUUGCAUGAAGAAAAAUUUAAUGAUAAAAAGAAGAUACAAAGGUGGAGGGAAGCUCUAUGUGAAGCAGCCGUUCUCUCUGGUUGGGACUACUCCAAAAAUCUGUAUUUACUUAGUGAUUUCUCUUUUGAAAUAAAUUCUCGCGUAGAGGAUGUUUUAAAAUCUUCAAAUAUUGAAUCAAAUGAUGAUAUUAGCAUAGUAGGGAUUUAUGGCUUUGGGGGAGUAGGCAAAACUACAAUUGCAAAAGCUAUUUAUAAUAGAAUUUCAUAUCAUUUUGAAGUGAAAUUUUUUCUAGAGAAUGUUAGAGAGCAGGCAAUAACAAAAGGCAUAAUCCACUUACAAGAGACAUUUAUUUCUGAGGUCUUAGGUGAUAGGAGUUUGAAGGUGCAUAAUGAAUGUGGAGGAACCAACAUGAUAAAUAAAAUUCUUUGCCAAAAGAGGAUUCUUAUCAUUCUUGAUGAUGUGGAUAAUUUGGACCAGAUAAAAAAAUUGCUUGGAAAAUAUGAUUGCUUCGCUUCUGGAAGUAGAAUAAUUAUGACAACAAAAGGAAAAAGCUUGAUAGAUACUUUUGGAAAUGGUGUCUCAACCUAUCAAGUUAAGGAAUUAGAUGAAAAUGAAUCUAUUGAACUCUUUAGCAAGCAUGCCUUUCAAAGCAACAAACCAAAUGAGGAUUGUUCGAAACUUGUGAACGAAGUUAUAGACUAUGCUAAAGGCCUUCCACUAGCUCUAGUAGUAAUGGGUGCUGAUUUGUAUGGAAGAAAUAAACUUCAAUGGGAAAGUACCUUAAAUAAGUAUGAAAGAAUGCCUAGUAGAGAUAUUCAAAAAAUACUGCAAAUAAGUUAUGAUGGAUUAGACGAAACCGAAAAACAUAUUUUCCUUGAUAUUGCAUGUUUCUUCAAGGGAUACGAUUAUGAUGAGGUUGUAGAUAUACUAGGCACUUGCGAUUUAUACCCUGAAUCUGGUAUUCAAAAACUUAUUGAGAAGUGUCUUUUGACUAAUGAAGGGAAUACAUUGCGGAUGCAUGACUUGCUACAAAAAAUGGGUAGGGAAAUUGUUCGACAAGAAUCACAAGGAAACCCCGGACAACAUAGCAGACUAUGGAAUUAUGCGGAGGCUCUUGAUGUACUAAUUGAAGACAUGGGAUCGGAUAAAAUUCGAGGCAUAAUGGUACAAUCACCUGAAUCAAAAUCAACAACGGUGCAAUUAGAGGCACAAAUAUUUCGUAAGAUGAAAAAUCUGAGAUUCCUAAUAAUUCAUAAUAUUCGUGCAUUUGAAUUCGUGACACAUGUGGGCUUCAGUGGUUGUCCAUUGAUUAGGAAAAUACCUGACUUAUCAAUGUGUCCAAACAUAAAGAAAUUGGAUCUUAGUGGGUGUAACAAUUUAGUUGAGAUUGCAAACUCUGUGGGGCGUCUUGAUAAGCUUGAUGUGGGGGAUAGCUUUGGGCUUUGCUUUAGCCUUCAAACUACUCCGAGCAGUUUCUUGAUGAAGAGCUACACCGCCUACUCGGGCUACUUUAAAUACUUUGGUACUGUCCUGCCGAAAUUUCAACGUCUGUCAUUUGGAAAUUUGAUUGGGCUUAAGGAGUUGCGUAUUGGAACGAUUUUAGACCUGUUAAGUCAUCUUCCAGGUCUUAAUUACCUUGAUAAUCAAUCAGAAAUAGAUUUUAUUUUGAAUUAUUGUUGCCCCGUCACAUUGGAAAAACUAGACAUCUCCGGUAGCAAAGUUGUUACCCUCCCAAAAAGCAUAAGCAGAUGUGAGAGAUUACAUUCGCUUCAUAUUCUAAUUCACGAUGAUGAGUUUCAAGAAAUUCCUAGGCUUCCACGAAGUUUAAGAUAUUCAGAGUUUCGAGAAUUGAUAGGAGUUCCACCAAAUCUACCACCAUGUUUAGGUGUGACAAGCACAGUAUCCCGUGCUUUCCCAUUUAGCAACUAUGUCAAGAAUGAGAUUCCAAAUUUUUUCAACCAUCAAAAGAAUGGAAAUUUAAUAUCAUUCUUAAUUGGUCCGGAAUUUCCAACAAUUGCUCUCUGUGUUCAUUUUGAACAAUCUGAUUGGAAUUUUUAUUAUCAUACUAUCAUUUCCAUCAAUGGUAGUAAACGAACGACCGAAAACAGCAUGAUUGAUGAAUUUGAAGAUGAGGAGCGCAUGUGUUUUUCUUGUAGCUCAUUGCAGGAACUAUUUGAGGGCUUCAAUCUUGGUGAUCAGAAUCUUGUUGAGAUCUUCUGUGAAACCUCUCCCGAUAAUCCAUCCAAUUAUUGUCCUAAUAUUAAAUGGAUAGGAGUCCAUGUACAAUGCAUUUGUCCUCAGCCUCAAAAAUCCAGUAUCUUUCAUGACAACUAUUGUAUCCAAACCCGAGGCCGUCGAAUUUCAAAGAGAAAUGUGCAUCAACGGCUUAGACCAUCUCUUUUCAAAGGUCCAAAUUUUAUCCUGCGUAGACUGUACAAUACCCAGUACCGUAGUACCCUGUGGCCAACCCCAAGUACUUCUCUUCAACCAUUACUAAAAGCAAGAAAAAUCAGCAACAAAAAAGAUCCCUGGUAG